AUGUCUUCGCCCCGUUUCCACGUACCUUCGCCGGUCCACGGCACUGGUCGGCGAAAAUCCCAAUUUACUUAUAGACAACUAAGCCUAUUGGCAUCUUAUUCAACAUCAUCCCCCCUUCGUGUCAUUGCCCACAUCGAUCUAGAUGCUUUUUACGCUCAAUGUGAGAUGGUACGCCUCGGGAUUCCCGAAGAUCAACCCUUAGCCGUUCAACAGUGGCAAGGUCUGAUUGCCGUCAACUAUCCCGCACGCGAGUUUGGCAUAGGUCGACACUGCACUGUGACUGAUGCAAAGAAGCUCUGCCCAAAACUCAUUGCCCAGCAUGUUGCUACCUGGAAGGAAGGAGACGAUAAGUGGUCGUAUCAUGACGACGCAGCCUCUCAUAUGGAUACUCACAAGGUCUCCCUCGACUUUUACAGACUUCAGUCUCGUAAAAUUCUUACACUAAUCAAAGAGAGCCUACCAUCCAAUAUGCAGAAGGUCGAAAAGGCGAGUAUAGACGAAGUCUUUAUCGACUUAUCCGCCCACAUCCAUUCCAUUCUGUUGCAGAGAUUCCCGGAGCUUGCGAAUCCUCCCCCAUAUGAUGAUCCCACGGAGAAGCUGCCGGUUCCACCUGUAACCGCCCUUGACUGGCAGGCCGAUGCUCUUGUCGAUCUCGAAGAUGCAGAAGCCGAGGCGGACGAUCCAGACUGGGACGAUGUAGCUGUGCUCAUUGGAUCGGAGAUCGUUCGAGAUAUACGCGCUCAGAUUCGCCGAACCCUAGGGUACACAUGCUCCGCGGGUAUAGCUGCCAAUAAAAUGCUCAGUAAGUUGGGCUCUGGCUACAAGAAACCCAACCAGCAGACAGUCAUACGGAAUCGAGCCGUGCGGCAUUUCCUAUCCGAUAUGAAAUUUUCUAAGAUUAGAAACUUGGGGGGUAAACUUGGCGACCAGGUCACGUCGGCUUUCCAUACGGAGGCCAUCAAGGAUCUCCUCUCUGUGCCGGUCGAGCAGAUGAAGCUCAAGCUGGGCGAUGACACAGGGGUCUGGCUCUACAAUACGAUCCGCGGCAUCGACACGAGCGAGGUUAACUCGCGCACGCAGAUCAAGUCCAUGCUCUCCGCGAAAUCCUUUCGGCCCAGCAUUCACAAUCAGGAACAAGCCGUCAAGUGGUUACGAAUCUUUGCAGCCGACAUAUUCUCACGAUUGGUUGAAGAGGGCGUUCUCGAGAAAAAGAGGCGACCGAAGACGAUUAACCUACACCACCGCCAGGGGGGCCAGACCCGCUCCCGGCAGUGUAGCAUUCCCCAGGGCAGGACCAUCGAUGAGACGACCCUAUUCGAACUUGCCAAGAAUCUGCUUAGUCAGAUUAUCCAAGAAGGGAGAAUCUGGCCCUGCACGAACCUGAGCCUAAGUGUGGGAGGGUUUGAAGAUAGGAUCACAGGUAACAAAGGUAUAAGUGCUUUCUUAUUAAAGGGAGAUGAAGCACGCGAAUUAAAAGGAACCUCUCGGGAGGCUUCGGCAGAACCAUCCGUGCAUGAACGACCGGAGAAGAAACGACGGGUUGAAAAUCCCGGUAUCCAACGCUUCUUUCCCAAGAGGGAGGAGAGUUCCUGGGGUGGAGAUGCUGAUGGGAAUCUCGACGAAGACGUAGUAAGUACGGAUAAAAUCCAAAUUCGGACAAAAGAAGCUUCGCCGAACCCGUCGGAGUGUUCCCCCAAUCCACUCACGGAUUACAUUAAGGUGUGUACGCGAUGUGAUGCAAGGCUUGAGGGUGACGAUGCCCUACAGAGCCACCUCGAUUGGCAUCUCGCCAAAGACAUCCAGGAAGAAGAACGUGGCAGGCACGCAUUUGCUAAUAAACACACCACGGUAUCACGAGGCCAGAAGACUGCAGCUACAUCGUCUUCGUCGUCUAAGAAGCUUACGAGAGGUAGUUCCUCUAGUACUAGUAAGCUCGAGCACGGGCAGCGGAAAUUGACAUUUGGGUGA